AUGUUAUCACAUUUUCUAUUUUUGAUAAUAAAUACAAAAAUGACUGCAGCAAUGUUAAACAAACUAUAUCAAAUCGAUCAAAUGAUGAACAUGUUGUGGUUAAAAAUUUUCAUUUUCAUAUGGUUAUGGAUAAUGACCUGCUAUUGUAAGAAAACGCAGGUUAAGAUUGCCCAUUCAUCCGUUAAUAAUUUCCAUGGACAUCUUGAUUUCAAACAUAUCGAUGAAAAUUUAUUGAAUCAACGUCAUCGAACAGAUGUGAAUGCUAGCAUUGGAUUGAAGCCAAGAAAUUUUAUAGGACCGGAAAUUCUGAGAGAAUUAUUGGAUGAAUGCUGUAUUUAUGAAGAUUCUAAAUAUUAUUAUCGUGUUUGUAUGUUUCGUAACAUAACCCAGCAUGAAAAAUCAAAAUAUUAUUAUCAUUCGUUUCAUGCUAUACUCGGUAUAUGGAAGCAAUGGUAUGUUUCGAGUGAAAAUUUUGAUUUUCUUCACUAUAUCAAUGGAGAUGAAUGUAUGGCUGGAUUUCAAAGACAAGUUGUCCUUAAAUUUGAAUGCCAAUUGGCAGGAGAAUCUAAAGAUUUGUUAUGGAUUAGCAACGUAACCGAAAUACAUCAAUGUAUUUACCUUAUAAAGAUGAAAUCACAACUAUUUUGUGAUUUAGGAACUGUUUAUUCACAUCUAGAUCCGAUAGGUCAGAUUGAAUGGAAUUUAAUCGAUUCUUUACACUCGAAGAAUCAAUUAUCGAAACAAGAAUAUACAACAUAUUUACAAUAUAUCCUGGAUGAUUAUGGUUUGAAAUUGUUGAUAGAUGGGCAAACUUUUGAAGAUAUUGUACGUGUUGAUAAGAGAGAAUCUAUAGAGCAGAAUGAUCAAAAGAAAUUUCUAGAUGAAAUCACAUCACUGAAGAAGAAACUGGACGAUUGUGAGAAUUCAUUGCUUAAUAAAAGGUCGAUUAAAAAUUGA